AUGUUCAGGCUCCUCAGCCGGCAAGCGUUCAAGGCUGUUCCCAGACCCGGUCUUCGUCUCUCCGCAUCACGCCAUGUCCAUAGCAUGCAAGUCCCGUACUCCGGGCCCCCGAGUUACGAUACAAUCUUUCGACGCUUCUCUUCAAACGUCGAUCCGCAGGCCUAUUUCACCCGCAAGCGCCAGCAAGAGGCUAAAGAGCGCGGCGAAUUUAUCGACAUCCACGACAUUGGCAGAGAUCCAAGUGAUUAUGAUGUCUUGAUCACGGAUAUCAAGCACGAAACAUUGGAAACGACAAUUGCCGAAGAAUUGGGCAUCCCUUACCUUUCGAAGGCGACAGACGCUCAGGCUGAAGAGGUGGUUGAAGUGGUCCCGACAAGUAAACUGCUCGGUAUUGGGGACGCGGCUGGAGUCAUGAUCGGUGGACAUCCUCAUUUCGUUCUCCAAUCCCCGCUGGAUUCUCACUUUAGCGACAUCAACCUUCUUGGCACGGACUUUUGCUCUGGACAAAACGUUUUUAAGGUGGAGGACUAUCCAAAGCGCCGGGUGAAGUUGUACUUCGGUGGUGAGUGGGAGGUGACAGCAAACCCUAAGUUGUAG